AUAAGACAUAAUUUUAAUUUUCCAAGAAAUAAUCAGUUUUGCACGCCUCACAACGAAUGAAAUUCGGUUCCAUUUGUAGGUCAAUUUAUUCAGUAGUUAGAAUGUCUACCACGAAUUCUUCGCUCACGAAUGGAGUUGAAAAUGCUAAACGUGUCGCCGCUUUUACCGCCGCCAACAAUUUCGUACAGAAUGGCUAUGUAAUUGGUGUUGGCAGUGGUUCAACUAUAGAAUAUGCUGUAGAACGCAUUGCGGAAAGAGUAGAGGCUGAGAAUCUUAAAGUGACAUGCGUUCCAACUUCAUUCCAAGCCAGAGAACUUAUAUUAAAGUACAAGCUUUCACUAAGUGAUCUUGACCGACAUUCCAAGCUUGAUGUUGCUAUAGAUGGAGCUGACGAAGUGGAUGAGCAAUUUACCCUUAUCAAGGGUGGGGGUGGAUGUUUGACACAAGAAAAAAUUGUUGCAGCGGCUGCCAAGAAGUUCGUAGUCAUUGCAGAUUUCAGAAAGAAGUCAACCAACCUUGGUGAAAACUGGAAAAAAGGAAUUCCUAUUGAGGUUGUUCCAAUGGCAAUUCUUCAGAUUCAAAACAAAAUAAAAGAGAAAUAUGGGGGAAUCUGCACUAUACGACUUGCUAAAAGCAAAGCAGGUCCAGUGAUCACAGACAACGGAAUGAUGAUUGUUGAUUGGCAGUUUGAUAAAAGUCAUAACUGGUCUGAGGUCCACCAGUUUAUUAAACUUAUUCCAGGUGUCGUAGAGACUGGUAUAUUUUUCAACAUGGCCGAUAUUGUUAUAUAUGGUACUGAAAAUGGACAGUCUGAUAUUAAAGCAAAUACAACUGUGCUGACAAAAUAGGAUUUAACUUGUAACCAGACACUGCUGAACAAACUGUGCAAUCAAGAAAAUACAGCUAUCUUCAAACAAAAAUGCAUUCAUAUUUAGUAUUAGUAUUACCCUAAUUACAGGGUAAAUAAUUUUAAUCCAGAAGAUCUCUCAGGUUGUUGUCCUUAAGUUUAAAGUUUGUCCACCAUGAUCUUCAAUUGCUUGUUUUGUUUUAUAAUACCACUUCUUAAUGUUGGUGUGGGUUAGAACAUCAUGAAAUGAAUCGAGGUUUUCCAUCACUGAUAGAACUCCAAAUACAGACUGCAAUAUACAAAUAUGGUAGAAGUUGCAUUUAUACACUAACCUAUAAUAUUGGUUAUUUGAUUGUGCAAUCUUAUCCCUGAAAUGUAAAUAUGACAUUGGUGCUUCUACAUUUAAAAUUUGUUUAAGCUGUACCUUCAACUUAUCUUAGAUUUGUUCAUCUACUUACCACAUCUGCCAAAUUUGGUUUACUGCCCCCCAUAAAUGUUCUACCUUUCCCAAUUGCUUCGGUCCAUUUAUUACAAGCUUUAUACAGAUCAAGUCUGACAUUCUCAUCUAGUUUGUAUCUGUAAAAAUGACAUUUGUUGAUACAGAGGGUAUUAAUAAAAAUGCACAAAAUA